AUGGCGUCCCACGACCACUCUCAAGGCUCGGGUGCCUCCCCCGCAGAUGUCAAGCAUCGUAGUGUGAGCCCAUCACCCCACGCUCAGCAGUACCAUGACCCCACUAGCCUCAACAUGGAUCCCUCCAUGUCAGCAUUCCCCUCCUUCGACAAUACAAGCCCGGAUAUUGGUAUCAGUGGUCAAGACGCCUACGGCUAUCCUGCGUCUUACCUUUCCGGAGCACCGCAGGCGCAAGGCUACGCACCACAAUCAGAGCCCUUCCCUCCGGCAAUUAACACCAACAAUAUGCCAAUGUCGCAAUCCUUCGAGGCGAGCCUGGUCAGUCAUCUCGAUCCCGGAUCCCAGGGUUUAGGACACCAGCAGCUGGAUGGCGGUUAUAUGCUCAACACCAAUCCCGGGAAAUUGGAAUUCGGCUACCAAAACCACAGCCCGAACAGCGCGUCUGCGUCGGAAUACGAUUCGUCACUACUGCUAGAUCCGCAAAUGCACCAGUGCGCACAGCCCAUAAACCAAGCAGUCAACCCGGCGGAUCUUGUUAGCCCUAUCUCAAAUCCCUCGGCAUCUUCUCACCCCUCGUCGCAAGAACAUCAGCAGUCGCCCGGUCCUAUCUCUCCACCUGGCUCUAAUCCCGGCGCAUACUACACGCCCCAGCAUUCACGACACACCUCGCUGGACCCGGCUACAGCGGCUUAUCUGAGCACGCAACCCCAUCAAGACUGGCAGAACGUCUUGAAUAGCUCCGCCGCGUUUCAGGGUCAUCGCAGAGCGCCCUCGGAGGUAUCUGAAGUUUCCUCGGCCAAUCACUCCCCUUACCUACCACAGCACGAUUAUGACGGUAUCGAGAAUAAUGCGUCGCCUUCUUUGGCGCCACAAAAUGAUCCCGCUUUAUAUGAUAAUGCACUCGGCAUUGAGUCGUUCACAUUGUCAGAACAGCAGCAACAGCAGCAGGGAUAUAGCCCACUCCAUAGCCCAUAUAUCUCGCCGAGAUUGAUUCCCCAACAGGGUGGUGAGAUGGUGCCAAAUGCUUCGUAUCUCUCGCCCACUAUGACAUCUCAAUUCCCAUCCGCGGACAUGUAUGGCAUGCCCCAGGAUGACAUAAUGAAUGGUAUUAACAGCGGCGGGCCUGACAUUGGACAAGCGUCUCAAAUGGCGCCCCCGUCCAUUAAUGUGGAGUUUGCACCGCCUUCGCGCAUUCCCAGCUUCGGCCCUGGUAAACCGGCUGCGGAUUUGGACUCGUUGAGUCCUCCAGCGAUGAGAUCCCGUGUGCGCAGUAAAUCCGAUCCCUAUGCACACCCUGCCUCACGUUCAAGAUCUCCGGCGACUUCGGCAACAAGUCUCGAGGCUCUUGCUCCGAACACGCCGCGUUCACUGUCCCCCCACUCGCGCAGCAAUCCUGGCUCUCGCGACGCAUCACCGUCCCGUGCUUCCAAUCGACGCCUUUCAACAUCGUCCAUCGAAAGCCGAAAUUAUAUACUUGACCUCGCUGAUCCUCAGCGCCCCGGCGCUCUCCCGGGAGACUCAAAGCGCGUCCAGAAGCACCCUGCCACUUUCCAAUGUACCCUUUGUCCGAAGCGAUUUACCCGUGCAUACAACUUGCGCUCCCACCUACGAACACACACCGACGAGCGGCCGUUCGUCUGCACAGUAUGUGGCAAAGCUUUUGCCAGACAACACGACCGAAAACGUCAUGAAGGACUGCACUCUGGUGAAAAGAAAUUCGUUUGCCGAGGCGAUCUAUCUCGAGAGGGAAACUGGGGCUGCGGGCGCCGAUUUGCACGUGCAGAUGCACUCGGCCGCCACUUCCGAUCAGAAGCCGGCCGUGUAUGCAUCAAGCCGCUGCUUGACGAAGAGUCUCAAGAGCGAGAACGAGUUCUUCUCGAACAGCAGCAACAGCAGCAACACCAACCUUCUGGCCAUCUACAACCCGUUCCACAGCCACUCGUCAUGCCCGGUGUGACUGGUCUGGACGGUCAGUCAUCUGGCAACUUUAUCCUACCAGCUGCGCUACUUGCGCAAUACCCCGCUCUGCAGACACUACAGUGGGACCAAAUCCCUGCUGCGGGCGAUGAUCCAAGCGAUAUCGGAGGCCGGAGUAGUUUCGAUGCGAGCUCAGGUGGCGAGUUUGGAUUUGAUGAGGAUGAUGGACUCUCUAAUGUCUCUGGGAUGAGCGGUGGCUAUGUUGAUAAUCAGCAAGCCAUGUACGGUAAUCCCGGGCAGUGGAGUGGAUGA